GACUAGCAUCUGCCUUGGAGCCCCGUCAUCAACAAGCUAGACUAGAGAGCCUCUAAUUAUUGUAUCUCUAUGAGAGGAGGAGCAAUGGCUCUGUUAGCAAGAGGGAUUUUGUUUUCGUCUGCUUCCGUCAAAAAUGUUGCCUUUAGAAGUCAAGUCAGUCGGGAUUUUGCGGCCUUGUUGUCCACAAGUGUUCGAAAGGAUGCACAGUUUUGUGGGUCUGCUCUUGAGGCAGUAGAAGACAUAAAGCCUGGUUCCAAAUUACUGGUCGGAGGUUUUGGUCUUUGUGGAAUUCCAGAGAAUCUUAUUGGCGCAUUAGUGGAAACCAAAGUUGAUGGCCUUACUGUUGUAAGUAACAAUGCUGGCAUUGACAACUUUGGAUUAGGACUGUUGUUAGCACAGAGACAGAUCAAGCGUAUGAUAUCUUCUUAUGUUGGAGAAAAUGCAGAGUUUGAACGACAAUAUUUAAGCGGAGAAUUGGAGGUUGAAUUGACACCCCAGGGCACUCUUGCUGAACGUUGUCGUGCUGGUGGUGCUGGUAUUCCAGCUUUCUUCACCCCCACUGGUUAUGGCACACUUGUACAUGAAGGAGGAUCGCCAAUUAAGUAUACUGAAAAUGGAAAAAUCGAUAUCCAAAGUGCCCCUAGGGAACAUAGGGUGUUUAACGGUAGGAAUUACAUAAUGGAAGAAGCCAUCACAGGGGAUUUUGCCCUUAUUAAAGCAUGGAAAGCAGACAAAGCUGGCAAUCUUAUUUUCAGGAAAACUGCUCGGAAUUUUAAUUUGCCCAUGAGUAAAGCUGCCAAAACAACAAUUGUUGAAGUUGAAGAAAUUGUGGAGACUGGAGAAAUCCCAGAAGACAGUGUUCAUGUUCCAGCUUUAUAUGUUGAUCGUAUCAUCCUUGGUGAAAAAUAUGAAAAGAGAAUAGAGCGUUUAACAUUGCGUAAGGAAAAGAAGAAGAGUGCUGCAGCAUCUAAUCCUGCCGUUGCAAUGAGAGAGAGAAUUGUAAGAAGGGCAGCUCUUGAAUUUAAAGAUGGAAUGUAUGCAAAUCUUGGAAUAGGAAUGCCGAUGCUAGCCAGUAACUAUAUUCCAGAUGGUAUUAAUGUUCAGCUCCAAAGUGAGAAUGGUGUUCUUGGCCUUGGGCCAUUCCCAGUUGCUGGGGAACAGGAUCCUGAUCUCAUUAAUGCUGGAAAGGAAACAGUCACCGUAACUCCAGGAGCAUCUUACUUUAGCUCUGAUGAAAGUUUUGCAAUGAUCAGAGGUGGGCAUGUUGACUUGACCAUAUUGGGUGCAAUGGAAGUGUCUCAGUAUGGUGAUCUAGCAAACUGGAUGAUUCCUGGAAAGAUGGUAAAAGGCAUGGGUGGUGCAAUGGACCUGGUAGCUUGCCCUGGCACAAAAGUUGUGGUGACCAUGGAGCACUCCGCAAAGAAUGGAAGUCACAAGAUUGUUGAAAAUUGCAGUCUUCCCCUUACUGGCAAAAACUGUGUCGACAUGAUAAUUACUGAGAAGUGUGUGUUUAAUGUCGACAAAGAUGAUGGCCUAAUACUCACAGAAAUUGCUGAUGGUGUUAGCAUUGAAGAUGUUGUUUCCAGUACUGGAUCCUUGUUCAAAGUUGCUGAUGACCUCAAGCCCAUGGGACAGAUUGCAGUGCCUGAUGAAUAAGUCCAGCCUUGUUAUUGACAGUGGACAAAUAUCCUCUGAAAAUGAAAAAAAUGAAAGGCAAAUGAGUACACUAACCACAAUUAUAAUUCAUAAAUGUCAAAAGGAAUAUACUUAGUCACUUUAUUCUGAGAAUUUGGCAUUUUGGAAAUAUGAUUUGCAAUCUCAUGUUGUUGUCCAACAAGUUUCUGAUUUCUUAUGUUGUAUAUUUUAUAAUUCAGGAAUGGUUGAGGAAUAGUAAAAAAAAAAUAAUUUUUUGUCUUACUAACAUUGUCUUACUAACAGUCUUAUUUUUGAGGAUUAGUCUGUGAUUUACAAUAGCUAUAAAAUAUAUUUUUGCUAUUCUAGGAUUUUUGUUCCUUAUGUUGAAUUUCAUGGCUUUUAAAAUAAUAUGCAUCCAUUUCCACAAAAUGGAAAUACAUAGUAAGUGCAAAUAAGUAAAAUUUACAUCCUAAUCAAAGCAGUAGUCAAAAUAAUGGCUUCAUGAAAAUUGUACUUAAUGUACUUGUGCUCUUAAUAAAGGCUUCAGUUAUAUGCUGAAAGUUCCAUCUUCAGCACAGGUGGCAUCUUUAUAAAAUUAAUUAUAAAAUACAGACAUCCAUGUUAAAUCUUAUUUGCUCAGAGCAGUACAGUAGCUACAGACUUUCACACAGGUAGUUAUGGAAAAACUAAAUAAAAAUCUUCAAUAAUCAGUUUACGUUAGUACUUCUAUGUAUUUUGAUGUUGGUUAACACUGAAAUUACCAUUACAUAUGUUGUUCUAAUUUUCUGUAAUUUGAUGCUUUUCUUAGUUAAGUGUUUUCAGAUCAUGUAAUUACAUUUUAUUUUUACAGUUUAGUGUUUCCAGAUCCUGUAAAUGUUGUUACUAUAUUCAUAUGAUCAUGAAUUUUACAGCCCUUUGAGGUAAUAUUCCUAGCAUAAAUUUAGUUUAAAUCUACCAGUAGAGGAAAAUUUAUCACAUUCUAAUUAUGUAGGGCAUUAAAGAUUAGUUGGAUCCAAAGAAGUUUUUGCUCUAAAGCAGUCAUAAUUAAACUCAAUUAUACUGCCUGGAGGUUCCCUGUUUGAUCCCCCAUAGAUUUUAUUUGGCAUUUGUAAACAAUUCCAGUAACUGGACUAUGAUACCAAAGGGUGAAUAUACAAACAUAGCAUACUUACGUAUAUGUAACUGCCUAUGGAGUGCAGUGUCAGGGACCUUAGUUUCCUCAUUACCUAGAAGUUUUGUGAAUGAUUUAGUUAAGUUUACUUGGUGUAGAAAGUUAUUUUAUUACUGUGUAUAAUAAACCUUUUAUAAAAUACAUAAAGUCA